CAGAGGAGCUUUUGUUAGCCGCGGACAGGAGCAGCCAGCAGGUUGUGUCAGAGUUGAUCCCGCACUCACCACAACCUACCUGUUGAAUAUUCCCACCAUUCAUACCGCGGGCGAGGACCGAGCCUCUUGUCGAAGAAGAACUAAUCUAAGCUGUGGGGCAGGUGAUGAAAAGGAGAAGUGUGUCGCGGAAGGAAGGAAGACGUUGAGGAAAAAGCUUCGGACGCAAAGAAGGAAGUAAAUACAGAGAACGCGACCGUUGGGUUUGGAACUCAACAGGUUGGCUACUUCAAUGUUCUAACCGCGGCUCGGACAUUUUUUUUUUUUGGGGAAAAACAAAAGCAAACAACAACAAACAAAAAUGCCGUUGGGACCAUGGAGGAAGAAAAACAAGUCGACGAAGGAGCAUCUGGUGGAGAACGAGGAGGUCGGCGGCGGACACGCAGGUGCCACCGGGAGCGUGGCUAAAUCCGCCGUGAACGGAGCGGGACUGCCGCCUCCACCUGCCAACCUGCGGCCCAAGUUGGUGUUCCACACGCAGCUGGCGCACGGAAGCCCCACCGGCAGGAUCGAGGGCUUCUCUAACGUGAAGGAGUUGUACGGGAAGAUAGCAGAAGCGUUUAAUAUCAAUCCGCCUGAGAUGCUGUUCUGCACCCUCAACACCCACAAGAUUGACAUGGAGAAGCUGCUGGGGGGCCAGAUCGGCCUCGAGGAUUUUAUCUUCGCCCACAUUAAAGGGAUCAGGAAGGAGGUGGAGGUUCAUAAAUCUGAAGAUGCUCUGGGCCUCACCAUCACCGACAAUGGAGCAGGAUACGCCUUCAUAAAGCGUAUCAAAGAGGGCAGCGUCGUGGACGGGGUGAAGGUGAUCUCCGUGGGCGACCACGUAGAGUGCAUCAACGGACACAACAUCGUGGGGACGCGGCAUUAUGAGGUCGCCCGCAUGCUUAAAGAGCUGCCCAGAGACAAGGCCUUCACCCUCAAACUGGUGGAGCCGAUGAAGGCCUUCGAAAUGCUUGAGCCCAGGUCAAAGGGCGCCAAACCUGCCAGUGACAACAAGAUCGGUACAGGGAGGGGGACUCUGAGACUUCGCUCCAAGGGCCCAGCUACUGUAGAGGACGAGCCAACAGAAUUCCAGGAGAAGGCAGUGAAGAAAGUGGACGACCUCCUGGAGAGCUACAUGGGCAUCAGAGACACUGAACUCGCCGCCACGAUGGUCGAGGUCGGCCGGGACAAGAAGAACCCGGAUGAAUUCGCCAUGGCGCUAGACGAGACCCUCGGAGACUUCGCCUUUCCUGAUGAGUUUGUCUUUGACGUCUGGGGGGCCAUCGGAGACGCCAAGCAGGGAAGAUUUUAAGUUUGCUCCCGCCCCCUCUCCCCACACAAACACACACUCUCCCUCCUGCCCCAACUCACCUCUUAAGAUGCUCAGAGGCUAACUGGACAAGCUUCCACCAGCACAAGCGGGGGUGGAUGAAGUGUUCUUAUCACUCUGCUUUUAGGUGUAGCUUUGCACUUAAAGCAUCGACCUCAGUCAUGUCUGUGUUUCGUCAUAUGAAGAUAUCCAUGAAAUGCAGCGUUUCCGACACUGGACUUUCCUCUUGCACGAUGAAGAGUCGGUGAUUCAUUCUUAGUCAACGGUGGUCUAUUACACUGGUUAUGAAAUGGAAUGUGCACACCUUACAUUUUAAAACAAUCAGUUUUAAUCACACUUCCUUAGCUGUGUCAUUUUGAAUAUACAGAUGUUUAACACAGCUUUUUAUAGACUUUUUUUUUUUUAUAUAUAUAUAUAUGUGAAAACGUUGCUGACUUUAUAGCAGCAGCGUUGUGUAAUUAGUGUAAUUAGUGAUUGUAGCAUCGUUUUUCCUCACUUUUUUUUAAUUCCCUUACAUCUUUUUAAAUCUUUUAAAUGACCUCUGAAGAAAUGUCGGCACUUCAGCCACGUUUACUUUGUGAUUUUCUUACAACUCUUCUGUGCCCUCACACGCCUCAGCUUGAGCCCUUUGUCCAUCCGUCAAGAGACUGAGCAAUACAGAGAACAGCGGGUUUUAUCUUUAAAUGCCUUUAGCCAACAUUCCUCAUGUUUCUCAUGUUGUCUUAGUCUGUUAGCACAGUUGUCAUGAAAUGAGGCUUGUUUACAGGUGCAUGCUUAAUUUUUCCUGUAAUUUAUUUUAUCACGAAAAAUCAUGCUGCAAGACGUUUUUUACAGCAAGACACGGCUCUGUGUGGAAGACGGUACUUUGCUAAAUAAGCCAUUUUGCAGGCUGUGUCUGGAAUGGGAUCAAUUGCAAUCCAAUGUCUUAAAAAUGCACUCGCAUUAAUGUACUGCACUAUUUAAAUCACAGACAAACUGAAUUUAAAUAGUGAAUUAGUGUCAUCUACUGGCAAUAGUUGCAUACUGUUUGACAAACCAUAAGGGAUCACUGUUGUUGGAUAGACAAUAAAAUUUGAUAUACUGUUAUUACAGCUGUCUUGAAUUCAUCGGGCUCACAAACGACUCAGUACAACAAACUUUAUUUGCACACUUGGCUGUGUACAUGUAUAAAAUACAUCUAGACACCAAUGUUUCCAUCCCUCGUUCACAAGGACGGUAAAAGAAAGACAUCACGAUGCAUCACUUCACGAGCAGCAAAACAAACAGGAAAAAAAACAAAUGGUGUAGAUAUAACUAAAUUAGUAUACAUAGGCAGGUUUGAAAGAAUUAUUUAAGAUUGUCGAUAUUAGAAAUAAGUAAAGAGCCCAUGUUGUAGUGCAUGGGAAAUAUUGUCACAGAUAAUUAACAUUCUGCCGAGGAUCUUUGGAAGCACAUGACUGUAGGUGUUGGACUAUUGAUCUGGUCUAACAUGGAGUACGUUAUCAUGGCUGUUGGGUGAAAACUCUACUGGAUAAAGUGAAUUACAAAGUUUUGACUCUGAGGUGUUUGAAACUCAAAAUGACUCGUAUCACAGUUGUCUAGUGACAUACAAGGCAAUUUACUUAAACUUGGCAUUUUCCAGAUGUGAAGUUUCCAUCCAACAGCGGUGUAUGAAAAUGAGAGUUACUGAUGUUAACUUGGCUAGCUUGAGUUGGUUAUAUCCUCUACAGGCAGUAAGUACAGUACAUGGCAUUUAACAGUAGAGUACAGAUAUACAUGUUGUAAAACAAAGACAGGAAAACGAAUAGUCGUGUUGGAAAAAAAAAAAAAUAUAUAUAAGACAGAAAGAAAUUCUCAAGCACCGAUUUUAAUGGUUGACUUGGUUUGGUUCUAAAGUAUAUUUUGUAAAAGUUUGGGAGUGUACCGGGGCGCUCUGAAGCUCAGGUAGAGGAAGUGUAGCCCUUACAGCCCGAUGCCCGUCUCCGCCUCCUCACAGCUCGUCUCCGGUGUGACCCUGCUUGAAGGAGUCGCCCGUCAGCUUCUCCUGCGCCUCCUUCAUACCGGACACGACUGAGCAGGGAACACAUGCCAUGAUGGUCAAUGGCAUUUUGGGAGAGACAGCAGCGACAUCACGCUGUAACAGAAUCUUUUUCCACAGUAAAAUGAUAAUGUGGAUUGUUACCUUGGUCUGCGUUGCUGUAGAAGUACUUGUAGUUGGGAUUCCCAUUUUUGUUGGUGAUUUCAGGAUGGACUUCACCGCUGGGAUCUGUGAGGAGUCAAAUAAAGAGGUUCGCUCAGUUCAUAUUAAUGUUAAAAUCUAAACAAUAAGGAUUUUAUGAAUUAAUCUGACAGUUAUUUCUUUGAUUAUUUGCUCAAUAAAAUGUCAGAAAAAUGCUCCAACAACUCCCAAAAGCCCAGUUUUGUGUUUUCAUUUCACUUGUUUUGUCCAACCAACAGCUAUAAAGGGUAGUUAAGUAAAGCUCAUUAAUUUAGUAUUAUAGAAGACUAAUAUAUACAUAUAAUGCAAAUAUUAGCAUGAGAAUCUGGAACCAGCACUUUGUUGUUAUGAUUGUUACCGACUCAUUUUCUGGAAAUAACUGAUUAAUCAACAUUGUGGCAUAACAUUCCUAUAAUUUGUCCUUUUAAUCUUUACAUACGGUUUAAUGUUUUAUUUAACACCACAUACAGGUGAUAUUUUUAACCACUUAGUUUUUCUUUUGCAACAUUUCAUGCUACCGAAACGUAAACCCAGCCUACUGAAACUUCAUCGGGCGCCGUGUGUUAUUGAGGAAGAUAAACCCAGUCUCUCUCCAAAGGAAUCCCACAAACUGUUUACACUUUGUGAGUCAACCCCUCCGUACCAAGGAAAAGAAUCCGAGGAAUGUAUCCACCAUCGGGGCUGAAGGAAUCAUCCUUUGGCUCCUCCUCAUCCUGUUCAAAGAAGGAGUUGGUGAUCAUUUACAAGACUGCAAACAAACCGCAACCACCUCAUGAUAGAUAGACGCGUUAAUAUCAUUAAAACAGACGUUAAUUAAACCCUGGAUAGUUAAAAUGAACUGGGUAAGGCCACUCGACCUGUCCUUACCUCGAGGUUGAUCAUAACAAAGUUGUGUGCGAGUUCAGAGAUUUCCUUGGACUCAGCGAAUUUGGGCUUCAGUGCUGAUGUAAAACAAAAAAAACAACAAAAAAACAAUUAAUCGACAUCUUGUAUUGCGAUUAAAUCCAAAACCAGCUUUAAUAAUAGCUUCCCGUUUGAAGGCUUCCUAAUGUUUAUCUGUACGAUAUGGUUGGUUUUCUGUCUGAAGUCUCACUUUUAAAAGUCAACUUAAUAUCAAACUUCAAUAUCCUUUUUUUUCCCCCCAGUAGCAUGUUGUAC